AUCAGAUUUUGAUCAAAGGAGAUGUUUCAAACAUCCAGAAAACUGAGCAACCAACUUACUUACGAUCCAGUAGGCAUUACAAACAAGCCUUCUGUUUGUCCAAAAAGAGAGAAGUUCACAGAAUGGCAAAAUCUUGCACAGCACUUUUCCUGUUCUUCAUAAUUGCUUUUACAUCUUGUGUCUCAGGUUUGGUGGUAGUCACUUCCUGUGAUGCGUGCCAUAAGCAUGCCUCCUGUGCACCUGUACUGAAAGAGUCUCGCACUCAGGCUGAUUCCUUCCCACCCACAUUUACCUGCUCCUGCACUGAGGGUUUCUCUGGCAAUGGAAUCACCUGCUAUAACAUCUCAGCAUGUAGUAAGCUUGGCGCCUCCUGCUGCACUGAUGGGUACCAUUGGUCUGAACAUGGCUGUGUUGACAUUGAUGAGUGUUCUGGUGAGAAAAGUCCCUGCACUGCUCCACUACUGUGUAAAAAUACACCCGGGUCUUUUGCCUGUCUGCCCCCAGUUGCUUACACUAAAGAUACCGUACAAGAUAUUGAGCUAGCCUCUAACCAGCUGACCUGUGGGGGUGAGGUGUGUAGCUCAGGCCAGGACUGUAUCACUAUAAAUGGAGCCCUCCGCUGUGUCGAUCCCUGCCAGUACUACACCAUUCUGGAUGACCCAUGGCGCUCUACUGACUUAGAGACAAGCGGUACACUGCACUGCGAUGUGGGCAUCAACUGGCAUGGCUGGUACAGGAUGUACCUGGGAAAUGCCAGUGUCUACAUGCCUCAGAGGUGCAUCCAACCCAACACAUGUGGCACAAAUUCCCCUAUUUGGCUCAAGACGCCCCCUCCAUCACAGUCAGAAAGUGUGGUGCAGGCCACUGUGUGUGCGAGCUGGAUAGGAGGCUGCUGUAACUUUGAGUUCUCCAUUGGUGUCAAAGCCUGCCCCGGAAACUACUAUGUCUACAAGUUUGUCUCACCACCUCUGUGCUUCUUGGCAUAUGCAGCAGAUGCCAACUCAAAAGUGUGUGACACCUGCAAGAACGGAGAGUCCUGUGUCAGUGAAGACAAGAUCACCUGGACGUGCAAGGCUCAAGCUCCAGACCCAGUGCGUCUUGCUGGCGGCAGUAACAGAUGUGAGGGCAGAGUGGAGCUGUACCAUGAUGGUCAGUGGGGCACGGUGUGUGACGACGGCUGGAACAUGAAUAAUGCUGAGGUGGUGUGUAGGCAGAUAGGUUGUGGGAGGGCCAUUGCCGCACCCAUGAAUGCAUACUUUGGCCCCGGGACCGGUCCCAUCUGGCUGGAUGAUACAAACUGUGCAGGCAGCGAGCCAUUCCUAGUAGACUGCAGACACAGUGGCUUUGGGAAUCACAACUGUGGCCACCACGAGGAUGCUGGAGUGAUCUGUGAAGAUGUGUCCCCUGAGCUGGUGUGUAACAGGACAACUAUGUUGCUGGGGGUUCCAUCCAACUUCAGAGUCUCCAGAUCCCUCGAGCCUUCAUCAGGUCAUCUGGCAGACCCAAGCUGCACGGCAGGGCAUGAGGUCAACGGCAUUGUGUGGUACGAGGUGCAAAGCCAAGAGGGAGUGUGUGGAAAUGUGCUGAGGACAAACAGUACCCAGGUAGUCUACUCCAACAUUUUAUACCUCUACCCUGUAAAUACCUCUACAUUUGCACUGCCCACGGCAUUCCCCUUCUCCUGCAUUUACCCCCUGGACUCUCUCACAAGUUUGGAUCUGGGACUGAAUCCUUUUCUGCCGAUGCAGGAGUCAGGUCUGGUUGGUUACGGUCCCGCUGCCAGUGUCACCAUGUUCCUAUUCCAUGAUGCCAACUUCACAUCAUCGUAUCCGCCCGGGCCUGUAACACUUCCUGUCGGCACUCCACUUUAUGUUGGAAUGAAUGUGCAAGAGGUGGAGUCUACUCGCUUCAAUGUAGUUAUAGAGGAGUGCUAUAUUACAGGCAAGCCAGAUGCAAAUAGCACCGAGAGAUAUUAUCUUAUUCAAAGCCGUUGUUCCAGUAACCCACGUGAUGUGAUAGUGAAUGAGAAUGGCAUGUCUCAGAGUGCACGCUUCACUGCUCUGCUUUUCCUGUAUCAGGGCAACUAUAACGAGAUGUUCCUGCAGUGCCGCUUCACCCUGUGUGAUAGAAUGACAGACUCUUGCUCUGCGAGGUGUCAGACCAGAACUACUCGCUCCAUCUCCAACCACAAGUCUCUCACCAUUGGGCCAAUUACCUGGACCAAAGAAGGACAGUAACCUGAUCUACAAUGGACCAGCCUAUUCAUGUUAAAUGUUCAAGCAACCAAAUCUUGCUAAAAUGAUCAGGGACAUGUAUAACUACAUGACUAAGUAGUUCAGGAUAUAAGGAGUAAUCUGCAGUGCUUUGGCACACAAGGGAUGGAAUUAUUUUCAAAUCAAAAUUAUUGCCCAACCUUUAAAAACUAUUGCCCAACCUUUAUUAUAACAAUGAUGUGUUUAAAACAUGAUGACACUCGUAAAACAUUAUUCUUCGGUUUUGAAUGGAUUUGCAUUUCUUAAAUUUCAUGUAAAUCCUGUCCAAAUAAUGAACAGAAUAAUGUUAUUUACGAAGAAGAAUGGAAAAAGGAAUACAGGGUUAAAUGUGGAGGGAAUUGCUUAGCACUUUGUUAAUGCCAACAUUUAUAUUUUUGCUUCAUGUAAUAUUUUCUAAUUUAAUAAAUGAAUACAUUAAGUAGGGCAAGCACGUUCUGUAUUUCUUAGCAAUAGUUGUGAGUUCUGGAGAAUACUUUAAAGACACAGAAGUGAAAUGUGACAUCUUGAUUAAAAAAGCAGUCUCUUUAAA